AUGAGACAGGAUGAGUUUAUAAUGAAGAAGCAAAGUCUGCAGAUCUUGGAUGAUCCUAGGAAUAACAUUGGCUAUGGCCCAGGAAGAGACCCACAUCAGUCUGUCUAUGCCAGCCUGGGCAGAACCAAAGGGGGACUGGUAAUCAAAAACCCUGAGCUCCUCCAAGACAACUGGCACAAAAGGCACAGUGUGGCAGACCCAAAGUCCAACAUAGACUACAGAGACAAUAAAGAGUCCUCCAGUCACAUGUAUGGUGGGGCCUUUGUGAGGAAACAGGCAGAUGGUGGUGGAAUAAGAGUGGGUGCACAGAAUGGAGGAUAUUCUUCAAAUCUGAAUGAGGAUCAGAGAUCUGUCUCUCAAUAUGAUGUCAAAAACACAGUGGACAUAAAGAGACCCCCUGUUUCCAUUUGGAAAGAGCCUCCCUCCAGAACUGUGUCUGCAGCAGCCCUUGAUAUGAACAGCAAAGAGCCCACUUACAAGUCCACCAGUACAGCAAUGGGCUCACCUCGUUUCCUCAAGAAGAGCUCCAAGAAAAUCAGAUCAUUGCUCAACAUACCAGAGAAAAAAGAGGGUUCCCCUCUAACCAAGGAAAAUGUAAUUCCAAAAAGGGGUGGUAGCUCAGACACCAUAGUGACUGAGGAAGAAGAACAAAGACCAAACAGAGAGAGGAAGGUUCCAUCGCAGAGUGGCACCGCAUAUCCAACCAGAUCCCCUACCAGGCUAAAGAUGGACAAGAACCACUUUGCAGAUGAUAUAGGAAAAUCAUCAGCCCCUCGUUUCAGCACUGACGAGCUGCAGCAAAACCCUCCUGCCAGAGCUACAUCCAUUAGGACACAGGGGCAGCCUACUGUCAUUGAUGAAAGACAUGAAAGGGCAAGCCUUGCAUCAGGAAACUGGCGUAGCGAUCAGGGGGGCAGUAGUCGUUUGUAUAGCAGAUUUGAGCCUUUCUGCUCAUUUGAGAAGAAUCAACCCCACUCCUUACAAUCUGCAACAGGCCCUGCACCCAUACAUGCCCCAGAGAAAACCAAGAGCAUGCACUCUGCUAAAAGUAACUCCAACAAUGAACAACACAACCACACUGGCCAGCAAACAACUAGCCACCAUGAAAACAAACUGGGAAAAUUUAUACAAAGAGUAGGGAAUUUCAUUCACAAAAAUAAGUAG